AUGGCUGCAGAAAAGAAGUCACCGGCACGGACAGAGCUUCUCAAAAUCAUCAAGAAAUAUCAGAAGCGAGCCAUGGCCCUUGGUCUACGAUUUCACACGACACUACCAUCACUACCAAUGCCGCCAUCUUCAAGUGAUAAAAUGUCACCCAAAACAGCAAAGAUUGCCACCAGUGAAAAAGCAAACGCAGAAUAUGUUCUGACUACCUCACCAAUCUCGGAUAUCUCUUCGACACGCAUGUCAUCUAAGUCUGUUUCAACUUCAGUUAUGCCACUUUGGCUUCUGCAGGAUGCGUUUGCUGACCUUACUGUUCAACUUGAGCGAGAUCCAGAGUUAAUACACAUGAUUACGGCUGAAGAUCUCGCUCAGUUGAAGACUUGCUACCAAGCCUUGCUCACGGCAGCCUACUAUAGCCUUUACAUGGCUACGAAAAUGUCUUGUAGCUCUGAAGAGAGUUCAUGGAUAGGUGCAGGUUUAGGCGCAAUAAGGACUGGGACUGGGGCUGGGGCUGGGGUAGGCACAAGAAACAACACAUUCAUAGAGCGGAAUUGGGCUAACGGACGGCUCUACUAUGAAGCGCACUACAUCUUCCGACAAGGACUUGAUGAGAUAGGGGCGUUUCUGAAAGGAGAACCGAGUACAACGAAGCUUUACAUGUCUCUAGAGCAAUCUUUCAAGGAUUUUAAAGUCGAGAGCGAUGCCCAUAUUAGAUAA